AAAGUUGGUGAGUAACAUAUAGAGUAAUCUGUGUGGUCCGGAAAUGGCUCUACUUAAUUGAUUCUCACUUCUAUGAAACUGGUUUUUAUGCAUCUCAUCAAAGUGUUUCUGUUGAGAAGUGUUAACAAAACAGUCGAAAUACUAUUAGCUGAUAAUUACUGCACCGAGGAUUUCAAUGCAAGGAACAAAUAUUGCAACUUCAUCCCUAUCUCAAGCAUCUCAACCACAAUUAUGGUCUCCUAUCAAUCCAAUAACUCAUCAAAAGACAAUGACCCCUACACAAACUGUUUACAGUGCUGAUGUUCUGGCUUCCACAGUACCAUCAUCACAACCACUAGCAUGUUAUUCACAACCUAUUUCUCAACCCAUUCAAGCAAGUCAUAUAAGCUCAGAACUACCAGCAGAUGGACCUCUUGUGUCUGAUUGUUAUGCUGCUCUUUUGGGAUUGGCUGAAACUUUUAGGACAAUGAGCCCUCCUAAUAUGCGACUUGCCGUUCAUUGUCUCAAAGCUAUUCUUCAGUUCAAGCUUUCUGUCAAUUUAGAAGCUCGCACACAUUUACAACUUGGACGGCUACUGUUUCAUUAUAGCAAAAGUGAUGAACAAACAAAAUUUCACUUGGAAAAAGCUCGUACUUUGGGAGCACAUCUAAAAGCUAGUGACGAUUCUAUCAAAUUUGAAGCUGCUACAUUGUUAGCUGAAUUCUUUGAAAGAAAGGGUAAACGAUAUGAAGCAACUUGUAUUCUAAAUGAUGCCAUCAGAUUAUCAAAUAACAGUCCAUAUUGGCAUUGUCGAAUCUUAUUGGAACUGGCACAAGCUCAUAUUGCUGAACGAGAUGUGAAUUCAGCUUGUGAAAUUUUAGCAAUGGGAUCAGAAUAUGCACGUUUACAUAAUUCGGAUUAUACAAACGGUUUAUUUCUAUUAAGUAAAUGCAUGUUACUUUUGGCAAGUAGACAACUCCCGGAAGUUACAGUCACAUUAACCAAUGUUAGUCGAUUAAUUGAACAAUUCAAAGGAAAUAUGUAUCAUCGUGAGGCAUUGCGUGUAUUUUAUCUUGUUCUACAUGUUUCAUUUUAUCUUAUUUCUGGUCAAGCAAAAUCUGCCCAUCCAAUAUUAAGACAACUACAUCAAAGUAUUCAACAAUUUGCUGCUAUGGAUGAAGCUGAUACUACAUCAACAAAUGAAAUUGAACGAUUUCAUUGGAUGCCUCGUGAACAUAUGGUUAUAUUAGUUUACCUUGUUACGGUGAUGCAAUCGAUGCAAGCUGGAAUGUUGGACAGAGCUAAACGAUCAGCUGAAAAAGCAUUAAUACAAAUUGAAAAACUAUCUGUAUUCGAUACUAGUCCAUUACUUACUGUAUUCCAUUUAAGUUUACUAGAACAUACUGCUAUGGGUCGUUUAGUAAUGGGUGUGCAAACAGCAGCUGCACAAGAUAUUGGUCAAGCAUAUCGAAUAUGUCAAGCGAAUCCAGCAUUAAUGUAUAAACGUCUCCCACAGUUGCAUACUUUAAUUGGCUUGUAUGCUAUGUCAAUGAAUUGUAUGAAUCAAGCGGAAAAUCAGUUUAAGUAUGCUUUAAGACUUAUUGCUGGACCUCAACAAGUUACAGGAUGUCGAACAACUAAUUCAAAUGAUAAAAAUCUUUUAAGUUUAACAAAUUCUACCAGAGCAUCAUGUCAACCAGAUGGACCACGUGAUUCUUUGUCAGUAUUAAUUUGUCUUAAUUUAGCUUUAGUACAUAUUCGGAAAGGUAAUACAGUUGAAUGUGAAGCAUUGUUAAAUGAAGUAUUUUCAUGUGGUAUCCAUGUACUUGAAGGUUGUUGUUGUCUUCGUGCUGCUGCAGAUUAUGUACGAGCAUUUCAAGCAUUUUAUGAAAAUCGAUUAACAGAUGCAAAAUUAUUUUUACGUGAAACUGUACGAUUAGGGAAUGAAGAAGAAUUGCAUCGUUUAUCAGCUUCAGCUUUUAUUACUAUGGGUCAAAUUCAUUUAAAUGAACAAAAUACAGCUGAAGGACAUAAAAUGAUUAGUGCAGCUAUUCAUAUAGCUAAUCGUUUACCUGAUAUAGGAAUACAAUUAUGGGCAACUGCUUUACUUAAAGGUGUUGCUAAUCUACGUGGUGAUACACAAGAAGAAACUCGUUGGUUUACUGAACAUGAUCGUUUUUCAAAAAUUGUAAUACAUGAACAUAUGCGUGCUAUUUCCGCUCCAGAACAUUCACUUAUUGAGUGGACGUCAACUCUGAGAUGCCGGUACAUUCAUCUGAUGAGUCCCAAAUAGGACGAAACGCAUGUCUUGUAUUUCACUGCUAGCCACUAUCCAUCUUUACUUAUACAAUAUAUCUUUUCGUAUUUUUUAUAUAUAUUUUACAAUUUAUUCAUUUAAUCUUAAUUUGUAUUGUACUUUUUUAAAAAAAUAUUUAGUGGUUAGAUGGACCAUUACCUGAACUUCAACCACCGCAUACAGUUGCAUCGACUUCAGAUACCAAUUUAAUAUAAUUCAUUGUUUCUAUUCAUAGAAAUAACUGAUCUCCUUAUAUAAAAAUAGUAUUAUCAUUUUUGUUUGUUUGUUCGUUUGAUAAUACUAUUCCAUUCUAUUCAUUCUCCAUGUUUAUUAUUCGCUUUUCUUCUCUCUCCUCCCCUCUCUCUCCCCCUCUCUCUCCCUCUCCCUCCCUCCCAAAUUACAUCGAAAUAAGUAUAGUUCCUAAAUAGAAUUCAGUCAAUAUUCAAUUAAAUUUAUGAUUUAUAUCUCACAUAUUUUGUAUUUAUUAUUCAUUUACUACUAAUUAUUAUUAGUAAUCAUAAUCAGAAUUUUCUAUCCUUGUACAAAGAAAAAUAAACAAACAAACAAACAUACAGAACAAAUGAACAUUUGAAUUGUUUUUAUCUUGACAAUAAUUUCUCUUUUGUCACUUAGCAACAAGAAUAAAAACAACAAUAACAAUUGUAAUUAUAUGAUCAUGAUGUAAUAAAAUAAAUAAGUCAUUCAUUUUUUUUCUUGUAUUUGUUUUAAUUUGUUUUUGUUUUGUUUUAAUGUAUGAUUUAUAUCCAUUAUGAAGGUUCUUUUGUUCCAUUGAAAAGAAAUAAAUAAAUAAAUAAAUAAAUAAAUAAA